AUGGUUGAUGAGGCUCGGGAUAGUUCGGUGAAGGAACAAAUGGGAGUUGUUUUGAGAUAUGUGAAUAAAAAAGGAUGUGUGAUUGAACGAUUUCUUGCUGUUGUGCACGUGUCUGACACUACUGCUGAGUCUUUAAAAAAGGCUAUUGAUGCUUUAUUUAUGAAACAUGGUUUGUCAUUGUCUAAAUUGAGAGGACAAGGAUAUGAUGGGGCUUCAAAUAUGCGCGGUGAGUUCAAAGGGUUAAAAUCUCUAAUAUUGCAAGAAAAUCCACAUGCGAUGUAUGUUCAUUGUUUCUCUCAUCAACUUCAAUUAGUUCUUGUUGCUGUUGCUGAAGACAAUAUCAUUGUGAGUGAACUUUUUGCAUAUGUCACAAUGAUUGUGAACACAUCCGGAGCAUCUUGUAAAAGAAGAGAUCAACUUAGAAUGCUUCAACAUGAAAAGAUUGUUGCUGAAUUAGAAAAUGGAGAAAUCCUUACUGGGAGAGGGAAAAAUCAAGAAACUAAUUUGACAAGACCUGUGGAUACUCGUUGGGGAUCACAUUAUUUGACGUUACUUCGUUUAUGUUCAAUGUGGUCUUCAGUGCAAGAAGUGCUGAUAAAUGUAGUUAAUGAUGCAUCAUCUUCUGCGAAUAGAGGUACUGCAAAUGGUUUACUUAAGAAGAUGAAUGAUUAUGAAUUUGAUAUUGCGAAGAUGAAAGAGGAAAAUAGCCGAGGAGGAAGAGACUGGCCGAGAGCAGGAUAUGUUGAAGAAGAGGAGGAAAAUAGCGAAAGAUACGGAUGGGUGGUGAAGUUGAAGAAGACUCAAUAA